AUGGCCUGCUGCAUCCAUCGUCGAUCGAGUGACACGCUGUUUUUUGUGUUCUUUGUGGUUUGCUGUGUACAUAUAUGCGAUGUCUCAGGGGAAACAGCUCGUGCAAGGAGUGCAAUCUCGAUAUUUGACAGGUACGAGGAAUCCUUGUCCGACGAGGCUCUGCGGUACCUGCAUGCCAAAGGGAUCAACAAAUCACGACAAAAGGAGGGAGUCAGAAAGAACCUGCGCCAUGCAAAACUCAGUCUGAAGGAUAGGAAGGAGGGACGAGCCGUAGGGAUUGAGAGAAAAGACAAAGCCCAGGCCGAUGUCGAAAAUGGCGAAACAGAGCGGAGAGAGAUCUGUGUUGGAAAGGCAGCUCAGCGAAUGUUGAAUGCGGAUGAUCAGGAAGUUAUUCGAAACGCCAAGCCUAAGAAAAAGACAUGUGACAACUCGGGCAACAAGAAAAAACUCAAGGAAAUCUCGAAAGGAGAUAUUCUGCUGGACUCUGAUACAUAUUACUGUGGCACAAAGAAGAAGCUGUCAGCACGAGCAUACAAAACACCGAAGGGGAAGAAGAAAGAUUCUGUCUUCCCUCCCAGUGGAAUCGAGAUGCUAGAGCAAAACACCUUGAAAGAAGAUUCCAUUGUUCUUGAGCAGGACUUGGAGAGGAUCUCCCCUGAGAAGGCGAUAGAUUCUUCUCCGAUUCUAGCUUCACAUGUCACUGAGAGCUCAUCAUGGUCGUUACAAUCUUUGAAUGACCAAUUCCAAGACAUCUGUACUGAUGCCACCUUGCCCAAUCCUCUAAACUCAGUCACUGAGAGUGGAGAGGAUUAUUCUUUCGUUCAAGGGUCUCCGGGAAAACUUGAUCAUUUGAACCUCACCAAUGCAUCUGGCGCAGAAACUUAUGAAAGAAAAGCAAAAAAAAAGAAAUCCACCAUUAGGAGGGAUCCAUUGAAAGUCAGCGAGGGACCAGGUUCAGAAUCGAUUGGAAGUGCCAUACAAGGAGACCAAAUUGUAGAUUCUUUCAAUUCCACAGACGGAGAUGUUAAAACGCAAUUGGAAUGUUGUAUUGUAGUCGAUGGAAAACCGAAUGCUCUUAAGCGACCUAGACAUCUUGUUGGGGGCCAUACGUACGAUCCCAACACGAGAGAGAAGAAGAGAUUUUUGAAGGAGUGCGGGGACCAGCUACCACAGAAACCUUGGCAAGGAGCGAUGUCGCUCACUCUAGAAUUUCACAUGCCUCGCCCGAAGAUUCAUUUUAGUUCCAGGAAAGCAAGUCUUGGUCAACUCAAGGAUUCCGCUCCUGUCUAUCCUGCUAAAGUUCCUGACUUGGACAACCUGGUGAAAUUCGUUUUGGAUGCGCUGAAUGAAAAAUUGUACCAGGAUGACAAACAGAUAUGUGAGAUUGUUGCUCGCAAGAUAUAUCAGAACACUUCAGGGGACGGACGCACUAUCGUCUAUGCGAAGUUUUUGGAAUCCAGCGCUUAG